AUGGCAAAAAUCACCAUUGUCGGAUCUGGAAUUAUCGGCCUGACCAUAGCAUCGCAACUCUCUCGGCACCACGAGAUCACCGUCAUCGCAAGAGACCUUCCUGGAGAUGAGCCUUCUAUCAAGUGGGCCAGUCCUUGGGCAGGGGCCAACUUUGUCGCUGGCGGUUGCUCCUCGGCUCGUGAAAGGAGGAUGCAGAUGGAUGCUUUUGCUGAACUAUGGAGGUUAGCUAUCAGACACCCUGAGUCCAGUGUCAAAACGCUGCCAAUGGAGGAGUUCUACGACAACGAGAGGAGCGAUGAUGAUCUCUGGUUCAAGGAUUUUGUCCCGGGAUUUCGCUUCCUUCCGAAUUACCAGCUGCCUGAAGGAGUCAAGGGCGGGAUAACCUACAUGACCAUUGUGCUCAACCCGCACAUUUUCAUGCCCUGGCUGAAACGAAACCUCGAGAGUUCGGGUGUCAAGUUCAAGCGCAUGAACCUAGACUCUUUGUCUGACGCGCAUCACUUCGGCCACGAUGUUCUUAUCAACGCUACUGGUGAGGGCCCAAAGCAUCUGAGCGAUAUUAAGGAUCAGAACAUGGAGCUCCUCCGUGGGCAGACCAUGAUCAUCAAGAGCGACUACAAGAAGUCCUUUAUGCGAGAUGACGGCAAGACCUACACCUAUGUGAUCCCCCGUCUAGAUGGAACCGCAAUUCUUGGGGGAAUGCGAGACCCAGAUGUUGAGAACACCGAGGUGGAUAUUGAGGUUGACAAAGAUAUUGUUACAAGAAUCAACCGAAGCCUCCCAGAACACUUCUCAGCCGACCUUGCCGACUACGAAAUCGAGGGCCACAAUGUGGGCAUCCGACCAUACAGGUCUGGGAUGCGUAUCGAAAAGGAGACGAAGAACGGUCAAAACAUUGUCCAUGCCUACGGUAUUACUGGAGGUGGCUUCAUCUACAGCUUUGGGGUUGCGCGGGAGGUUGUGAAGCUGGUGGACGAGUUUCUGUUUCCUGAUGGAAAAGCGAGAAUUUGA